CGAGAGCUAGUUGUUUGCCUGCAUUGGAGAAAGCACAGUCAGAGCUUUAAGGAGAGAGCAAGGCAGCUAAAACUAGCAAGCUAUCUAAACCAAUAACUUAGAAAGCCACAACAUGGCCUCUGCUUCUUUCCUCAAGUCUUCUCCAGUUCUUGACAAGUCCGAAUGGAUUAAGGGUCAGACACUUCGCCAACCCUCGGUCUCUGUCGUCCGGUGCCAACCGGUUGCACCAUCUUCACUCUUGGUCCGAGCCAGUUCCUAUGCUGAUGAGCUUGUCAAGACCGCGAAAACUAUUGCUUCUCCUGGGCGUGGGAUUUUGGCUAUGGACGAGUCAAAUGCGACAUGUGGGAAACGUCUAGCCUCAAUCGGGCUAGAGAACACCGAGGCUAACCGCCAGGCCUACAGGACACUGCUGGUUUCAGCCCCAGGGCUCGGCCAGUACAUCUCGGGUGCCAUCCUCUUUGAGGAGACACUUUACCAGUCCACCACAGAGGGCAAGAAGAUGGUUGAUGUUCUUGUUGAGCAGAAUAUUGUCCCUGGUAUUAAAGUUGACAAGGGUCUGGUUCCCUUGGCUGGCUCCAACAAUGAGUCAUGGUGUCAAGGUCUUGAUGGCCUUGCUUCCCGCUCUGCUGCUUACUACCAACAAGGAGCUCGCUUUGCGAAAUGGCGUACAGUGGUGAGCAUUCCGAAUGGCCCAUCUGCACUUGCUGUCAAGGAAGCAGCCUGGGGACUUGCCCGUUAUGCCGCCAUUUCUCAGGACAAUGGGUUGGUCCCAAUUGUGGAGCCAGAGAUCUUGCUUGAUGGUGACCAUGGAAUUGAUAGGACCUUUGAAGUGGCUCAGAAGGUGUGGGCAGAGGUUUUCUUUUACUUGGCCGAGAACAAUGUUAUGUUUGAAGGUAUCCUUCUCAAGCCCAGCAUGGUUACUCCUGGUGCGGAGUGCAAGGACAGGGCCACACCAGAACAGGUUGCUGACUACACCCUCAAGCUCCUUAGCCGAAGGAUUCCCCCAGCUGUUCCUGGAAUUAUGUUCUUGUCUGGUGGGCAAUCUGAAGUUGAAGCUACCUUGAACUUGAACGCGAUGAACCAAAGUCCUAACCCAUGGCAUGUGUCAUUCUCCUACGCAAGAGCUCUUCAAAACACUUGCCUGAAGACAUGGGGAGGCAGACCGGAGAACGUGAAAGCAGCUCAGGAUUCUUUGCUUGUCCGAGCAAAGGCUAACUCGCUUGCUCAGCUUGGAAAAUACACUGGGGAGGGAGAAUCAGAGGAGGCAAAGAAAGGAAUGUUCGUUAAGGGCUACGUUUACUAAGAUGUUUCUAGCUAAGUUUAUAUCUACUAAGAAUGAUGGUGGUAAUGGCAGCGGAUGCAGUGAGAUCAGUAUCUUAGUAGUCUUUUCUUUGGCUUGUUAAGAGUUGUAAACUGUUUUUGUCAUAAAUUUGUACUUUUAGCAAACACAUUCUCAUGUUUCUGCUUUAAAUACUUCAAUCUAUCAAUUUGAAGGAAUGAAUAUGGCAGACUCUGGUGUUCAUGGCGA